CAGCCCUGCCAGAGCCAAUCCGAGGCUGGGUGUAAGUAGGGCAAGCCGCUUCCUGGUUCUCAGAAAGGAGGAGCUGGGAGUUGGAGUGGGCCAGCAGAGGCAGACAGGGGGGUCAGAGCAGCCCAGAGAGCCGGCGGUCUGCAGAGAGAGGAGACGGCAGCAGCAGCCCGAUAGAGUGGGACCAACGAGGAGAAACGCCAACGCACGAUUGUCGAAGAAUAAAACCUCACCGGGGUGUCGAGCUGAGGACGGCAGGAGCGGGUGACCCCCGGCGGAGUGGAAGAGACGACAGGAUAAUAAGAAAAUUAAAAAAAGACGAAUAAGAAGUAGAAGAAGUAGGCAGGGUGGGACGGAAUAAUCCAGGAAGUGUGGAGGCCGGUCAGGUGGGAGGCGACGAGUCAGGACAGGUGACACACCGGCACCCAGGUGUAUGACCUCUGCUGACCUCUGAGCAAACAACCAUAGAGGAGGGGGACGAGAGAGAGAGAGACAGAAAGCAGGCACCCAUCUUCUCCUGGGUUUAUGGACUGGAGGUGGCAAUGUCUCCAGGAGAGGACGGUCUGAUUGGGAUCCCCUUCCCGGAGCACAGCAAUGAGCUUUUGUCCCACCUCAAUGACCAGAGGAGGACAGGGCUCCUGUGUGACCUCACUCUGACCUCCCGCGGGGCACACUACCCGACUCACCGCUCCGUCAUGGCCGCCGUCAGUCUCUACUUCCGCCGGCUGUUCGGGACAGAGGAGGGGGGCGGCGAGGGCGGAGGAGGUUUCAGCGUGUGUCAGCUGGACUGCGUGGCACCUGAUGCCCUGGACGCCCUGCUGGAGUUCGCCUACACCGCCACCCUGACCAUCCCCAGCUCUGGAAUGAGAGAUGUGCUGCGAGGGGCUCAGCUUCUGGGCAUCCAGUGUGUGGCUGACGCGUGCAGAGACAUCCUUGGGGAGACGGCGGAGGCAGAGGGGGACACAGCAGAGGAGCAGAGAGCCCAACACACAGCGACAGAGAGGAUGGCGGAGGGAGAGAGGGGAGUAGAGAAAGGAUCUCGAAGAAAAACGGACAGAAAGAAGGUGAAAAAAGGCGGGUCACAUCACAUCAACUCCUUGGUUUUGAACCCGUCACCCGCUUCCCCCGCCUCAUACCCUUCACCUGCCUCUGACAGCCUCCGCUCCCUGCCGUCCACCCAGCCUCCCAGCCCUGAGCAGGAGGAGCACUGCCUCAAAUCUGGGCAGAACGGGGAUCCCAGGGCGAUCCGAGAGCCAGGAAGAGGGGCCACACUAAACGGAGGGCUCCUACAUUUUCUGCAUCAGCGCCCCCAUAUAGCCCACCCACCUCCUGUCCCGUCCUCCAAUGACAAGCUGUCAGAUGACGAUGAGAUGGAGGUCUUUGAUGAUGGUAUGCUGAUGGAAAGUACCUCCGUACCUACUUCUGUAGCUGAGCGAGGAGCGGCAGCAUCAGCAGCGGGAGGUGGGAGGAAAAGGAAGUCUCAGACGCCCCAGCAGUGUCCUGUGUGUCAGAAGAUCAUCCACGGAGCAGGAAAACUGCCUCGACACAUGAGGACGCAUACUGGAGAGAAGCCCUUCCAGUGCUCUGCUUGCGGAGUUCGUUUCACACGGAAUGAUAAGUUGAAGAUCCAUAUGAGGAAACACACAGGCGAGCGCCCCUACCCCUGCCCCCACUGUCCCGCCCGGUUUCUCCACUCAUACGACCUCAAAAACCACCUGUCCCUCCACAGCGGGGCACGGCCCUUCGAGUGUCCACUCUGCCACAAGGCCUUCGCCCGAGAAGACCAUCUCCAGCGUCACCGCAAGGGACACAGUUGCCUGGAGCUGCGCACACGCCGCCCCAGACGUGGGCCUGAGCUCGGAGAUGAGGGGAGAGGCGAUGGAGGCGGCAGCAAGCAGUCCAACCCUCUGGAGUCUCUGUCCGUACAGGCCCACUCCUCAGCGUUCCUCCCCCGCACGGUGCUGGAUGGUGGAAGUGGGUCCGUCGCCAGCCACCUGAUGUUUCAAGGGGACAGCGAGAGGGAGCGGUCUCUCGCCCUUCAGGCUCUGGCUCAAUUCAGCUCCACCAGGUUGGCUAACUACCCUGGGCUCUUUCUGCGAGGUCCGGAGCUGCGAGGGGGAAGAGAGACGGAAGGAGAGGAUCCCGGAGGAACCCACUCGCCGGCGGCGCGGCAUGACAGAUGGGUAGACGAAGUGGAAGAGGAAAUCGGAGAAGAGGAGGCAGAGGAGGAGGAGUAGUGAAAAGAGAGCGUGUGUGUAUGCGUGUGUGUCUGUGUGGUAAAGCAUCCACAGUAAAAAAAAAUCUCACUCAGGUGGCUGGACUAAUGACCUGCUGCUCCCAUGUAGAGAGCGCUUAAAAAAAAAACAACUAAAUGAUAUUAAAAGAAAAAAACGGGUUUUCUGAGAUAUUUUAAAUGUUUGUCU